GCAAGCGACCGGACUGCGUGGAGUAGUCGGAUGUGUUUCGUGACAAGCAUCGUUCUCGAUGUAUAGCUAGUAUUGAGUGCGUUUAAAAAAAGACAACAACACAACGUGGGGAAAUGUCUCAGUUACAAGCACGGUUCUUUACGGAUGACAAGAGGUAUGCCAUCGAUGACGUCCCAUUCUCCAUCCCGGCUGCUUCCCAGGUGCAGGACCUCAGCAAUGUCAUCAACAAACUGUUGGAAGCAAAGAAUGCAUCUCAUAACAAGGUGGAGUUCGACUUCCUGGUCAGGGGGCAGUUCCUGCGGACGUCUCUGUCCAAUCACAUGGAGGUCGAGGGCAUAUCAACGGAAGACGUAGUGGUAAUAGAGUAUGUGGAACGAGUCACAGCCCCAGAACCACAGGAGUGUAUGAUGCACGACGACUGGAUCAGCUCCGUAGAUGCAGAUGCUGAAUGGAUCUUGACAGGUUCUUAUGACAAGACGGCCAUAAUCUGGUCUGUGGAGGGUAAGCCAGUGAUGACAGUGGCUGGACACACAGACGUGGUUAAAGAUGUAUCCUGGGUCAAGAGAGAGGGUCUGACGUCUGUGCUUCUCACGUCCUCUCUGGACCAGACCAUCAUACUGUGGGAGUGGAACUCAGAGAGAAACAAGGUGAAAGCCAGACACUGCUGUCGGGGACACUCGGGGAGCGUGGACACCAUCGCCACCGACCCCACAGGCUUAAAGUUCUGCAGUGGCUCUUGGGAUAAAAUGCUGAAGAUCUGGUCUGCAGUUCCCACAGAGGAGGAGGACGAGGUUGAGGAACCUCCCAACAGACCCCGGAAAAAGCAGAAGGUAGAACAGCUGGGUCUGACCAGGACUCCACUUAUGACAUUAUCUGGGCACACCGAGGCAGUGUCCUCUGUCCUGUGGUGCAACAGCGAGGAGUUGUAUAGUGCAUCCUGGGAUCACACCAUCCGUGUGUGGGACACAGAGACUGGAGGGGAGAAGGCCACACUGACAGGCAGCAAGGUGUUCAACUGCAUCUCCUACUCACCGCUGUGUCGACGGCUGGCCUCAGGUAGCACCGACAGACACGUCAGACUCUGGGACCCGCGCACCAAAGAUGGUUCGUUGGUACUGCUGUCUCUGACGUCACACACAGGUUGGGUCACUGCUGUGAAGUGGGCUCCUUCCCAUGAGCACCAGCUGGUCUCUGGCUCCCUCGACAAUCUAGUCAAACUGUGGGACACCAGGAGCUGCAAGGCUCCUCUUUAUGACAUUGGCGCCCAUCAGGACAAGGUGUUUUGUGUGGACUGGACAGAGAGCGGGCUGAUGUUGAGUGGGGGAGCAGAUAACAAGCUGUACACCUACAGAUACUCAGCCUGUAAGACCGAUGACGGGGCGUAGCUGGAGCUGGCGGCAUCAAAUACAAAGACUCACCACACCGAUCACCCAGGACAGACAGAAUGGAUAUAAAUAUGGACAUUCAUUAUUUCCCAGUUACGACAGACUGCCAGUUUUUUUUCCUCUUUUAAAUGUGUAUUUUACGCACUUGCUUUGUUUCCCGAUGUCCUUUUUUCCUUUCCUAGAGUUGAGACAAGUGUUUUCUUACCAUUUGUACUUGGAAAAUGCCUCGUCUAACAUGACCCUAUAAAUUAAUUUUGU